AUGCAGAUUAUCGGUGCUUCAGAGGAGAAAACGAGUUAUUUUCUUACCCCGUUGAAGAGAUUCAAGAAUUCAACCAAAAAAUUUGCAAGAACAGUUGGCGAAGGAAAAUGGAAAGGCCAAACAAGUGGUAAACCAAUUAAUGAUGGAUCGAAAAAUAUAGUUGGAUUCAAGAGAAGUUUGAAGUACCAUAGUGAUAUAAAAAGAGACCACAUGAAUGAUAAGUGGCUCAUGACAGAAUAUUUUUUGCCGGACGAGUACAUUGAUAAAAGCGACAAUAAGGAUAAUUUCGUCUUGUGCAAAAUCAAAGAGAAGAAAAAAAGUGAGAAAAAUGGUAAUGAAGUCAUGGAGGAAAAUGUUGAUGAAGUAAUUGCUUCUAUAUUAGGAAGUAAUUAUUAUACUCAUCAAGUAAUUACCAAAGACGACAAUCAAUUAGCGGUUGUAAACGAAGCUAAUUAUGAAGUGAGGACAAAUUGUAAAGCAAGUACAAGCACAUUCAAUAAUGAUCAACAUAAAGAUUAUGGAGUAUUAGGACAAGCUAAUAAUUAUUUGGAAGCUGGGGUUGAGCAAUUUAAUGGAAUUAACCUGUAUAGAAUUGAAGCUACGAUUCCUUGA